AUGUUUGGCCAGGCAGUCCACGAUUGUGUGCAUGUGGAGACGCGUCGGGCCCCGCGUGAGACUGCCGCGCUCCCUCAGGGCCACGAAGCACAGGCGGGGAUGGAUGACUCGGCUGCACUGCUAGCGCGGUUUUCCUCCCGCCUGGAUCCUAGCUUGAUACUGGCCAUCUCGCAGGAGCCUGGGCAGACUAUGGAACAGGCAGUAGCGAUUCUCGAGGAGCUAGCCGCUGCUGUUCCCGCCGAUAUGGUCUCUGAUGAGUGGGAGUCGCGGGGGGAUACGUCCCUGCUUUUUUUGCAGCAGACGUUCCCUGAAAAGCCAAUGGAUGUUCUGGAGCUAGCACUAAAGGAUUCCCAUGGCGACGUAGACAUGGCAAUGGAUGGUCUGCUCGCCCAGGAGAUGCUGGAGGCGGAGGCGGAGGCGGAGGCGUCGACUCCCUCGAAUAGCGGCCGGGGCCUUGACCUGGAAGCGCUCUCUGCUGGACUCGCCUCAAAAAAGCCCAAGGCAAAGAAAGGCAAGGAUAAAAAGGGCCGCGGUCCCGUUACUGUGAGUCUGACCGAUCAGCGCAGCCCCCAUCAUAUCCUGUACGCGUCACGAGCGGCACCCAAGCCGGCAGCACCGGUCGUGGUGGACACGGCCGGGCUGAACGACGAGGAGAUCGCACGGAGACUUCAGAACGCUGAGCGCGAUGCGGCUGAGGCAUCAAGUGUGCCUGUCGCCGACCAGCAGUGGCUCCUGGCGUCUUCGUCGCUCUCACAGCUGGCCGUCUUGUUGGGCAUGCCGUCAUCCCAGGUCCAGCGCCUGUUCAAUCAAGCCUCGUUCAACCUGCCAAUCGCUAUGGGCCGUGCCAUCCAGCUGGCUGCAUCGGACCCCGCGGCCGAUGCUCUCGCCAGCACGCCAGACUUUCAGACAGCGUGCGACACGUUGGCUGCGAUCACGGAGCGAGAUGUGUGGCAUAUCGAGCGUCUGUUGCGUGCUACAAGGGGCCAUCAGGAUGCGGCGCUGGAUCUGCUACAGCUGGAAGACGUGGUGAAUGAGGCGGCUGAUGGUCUGGGCGCCCGACCCGACAUUCUGGACCCGAGUGGGCUGCUCCCAACGAAUGGCCCGAGUGCGGAGCGCACCACUGCGGCCGUAUCGCAGCGGAUGAAGGUGACGGGCGGUGCACCUAGGUGGCUAUCGAGUGACAGCGGGUCGUACGCCGGCCGUGCGUCGCUCGCGCCCACUCCUGCCGCAGGUGCCCAGCGUGCGCAAGCAGCGAUGCAGGCCGGGCAAGCCGCCACUGUGCUGCCUGCUUCUGCGGGGCAGGUCGAUGUGCUGGCGGGCCAUACCGAGGACGAUACGCCAUAUUCCCGCGAAGAGAGCUUGCGCCGCGCUGCCGAUGCGCGCGCGCUGCGUGAUGCUGCCCUGCAGCAGGCGGCGCGCUGCGCGCGGCAGUCACGGAGCACAGGUGUAGGCGGUGCUGCGAUGGUCUAUGCCGCAGAAGCGCGGAAGCACGACGCGACGGCGAGGCGCUGGCAGCUGCGGGCAGCGUCAGCUCUCGUCGAGCAGCGGAGCUUCGAGGCGGGCACGGGCGCGCCCUCGAGCGACGCGCCCACGCGCAUUGAUCUGCAUGGCCUGACCGUGCACGAGUCGCUCACGGUCGUCGCGCAGAGCGUGGCGCGGUGGCAAAGCAUGCCGCUGGGCGAGGCGCGCGUGCGAUCUCCGCUCGAGAUUGUGACGGGGCGCGGCAUGCACAGCCGCCACUACCAGUCUGUGAUCCGACCGGCGAUUGUGCGCUACCUCACGCAGCGGGGCUUCAGCGUAGAUGCGACGUCGGAUGCGGGGGUCCUGUAUGUCAAGGCCAAGCGCACCUAG